CUCCGUGACUGGAAAAUUUAUGUCACAGAAAGAGUCACAGUGUAAAUGAGGGGAGAUAAACAAAUCAAGUGGAACUAACCGACUAAAGCCGAAUAAGCCCGAAUAGAACCGAGCGGACUUCGAGCAUGUUCGCUUCUGGACGCGAGCCUCAUUCGUCGCGCCUCCUUGGUCGAGUGUAGUGAAGUAAUAUCGUUGUGUGGUGUUCUUUUAUUUAUUCGACAAAUACGCAUAAAUUAGCAUUCCCGCGUUGUGCUAGCAUUGGUAGUAAGAGUAUAAUAUCUUUAUCUUUCAAUUUGUUUUGAAAACAAUUUUCUAAAAAAUGGCGGUUGCGAGCGAUGCUCUAUAUAACGCGAGGAUGGCGUCUUACGUAUCGUCUAGCGCGUAUUACGGUUACGUACCUCUCUGUACAAGAGAAAAUAUGUUCGAUCAUAUCAACGAGUGUAAUAGCGACAGCAGUGCACCUAGUAUCGCGAGUAACCAUUUUGGUUCAGCUAUGGAAACGGAUGAUGAUGGAUAUGACUAUUCUGCGGCGUCAUGCCGUCUGAAUAACCAUUACGUGAUUCCAGAGGCGUCGUUGAGGAGGUGGCACGAGGUCGACAAUAGACAGCAAUACCACUGUUUAUCACCGACGGAGCAACAACAGGCGGUCCAUGGCGCCGACACGACGCGACGCAGGAACCGGAAACGAUCCAAUAACGAUAGUGGUUCAACGAUAGAAUUGAAAAAAUGUCGUAAAGGCAGCUGCGUUUACUAUGGUACAGGGAGUGCAAAGAACUAUGGAUUGGCCACAAUGCAUUAUGAGUCAACGUCAUUAUGCUUAAAUUCCAUCAACGAUAAAACCUUGGAUCAUUCCUUGGUUAUGACUGAAAGCUGCUGCAGGGCAGCAGGUAAUCAUAGUUUAAUAUGUAAUGCAGAUUAUAGACAUUUAUCACCAAGCAAUGGUUCUAAGUCGAGUGACAGCAGUGUGGAACUUGGGGAAUUAUUGUUCGAGACUCAUGGAUGCUCCAUAUAUCAUUAUUACAGACAACAAUUUGCAAAACAUGAUAUUGAAACGGAAUUUUAAUUAGGUCGUUUAACAUAAACCGUUUUUCAUAUCUUUCACAUUACAUUUGUACUGAAGACCAUAUUCUUUGUUACAUAUUUAUACCCUUCCCCCAAUAUGUCAUUGCUCUGUUCGUGUGGAUCAAAAUAAAUAUUUACUUUUUGAUAGAUAAAAGUUUAUUUUUUUGUUAAAUAUAUCCUGCAGUAUACAUCCUUGAAUGCAUACUAAACAUGAAGUAUUAAAUAUAAAGACAACUUUCACUGCUUAAAUGUUACCAAAAGAUUUACCUCGUUACUUAGACUGGCUUUCAAUUGCUUAAAUAUGUGUAUGUAAUUUAUUUUCCAUUUAAAUUUUGAUGUUUAUACAGAAAAUAAAAUACAUACACAGUAUUUUAAUUAAUAUUUAAGCUUUUAUAUAUUAUGCAGUUUUUGCAAAUUCAUAAAACUCUGCAACAGUAAAUAUAAUGAAAUAAAUACUUAUUAUACAGUCACUGAUUAAUAACACCGACGGUAUCGUCUAGUAGUUAAUUUGCCUCUGUCAUGUUCAUCUUUUGCAGUUGUUUCAUCAUCAUCACUUUCUACUAGGGCUGCUUCUAAAGUUCCUAAGGCUGCUCCUAAUGAUAAUGCUACAUCAUCUUGCAUUUGUUCAUUAUUUUCUUCAUUGUGAUGAAUCUAUAAGAAACAUUUAAAAUCAAAUUUCACAUAAAAAUUCUUUUGUAUUAAUGUAACAAUAAUUUACUUGUUGAUUGCCAGAAGAUUCAGAUCUUGAUUGAUCAGCUUCUGCUAAGUCUUCAUUGCAACCUGGUUUAAGAGCAGAUGCUGAAGCAGGAGCAUUGUCGUUGUCAGGGGAACUUGAUGUCUAAACAUUGUGAAUAAGUAUUUCUAAGCGAUCUAUUAAUGGAACUUGUGCCAUAGGAGAUGAUGAAGAACCAGCAUGAGUUGAUGCAACUAAUUCAUUUAAUGAACACUGAUUUUCCAAGUUAAAGCCUAGUAUAGCACCCACGUCUGAAUCUUCGUCACUUGAUCGACAACUAUCACUCCCUGUUUGAUCAGCUACUUCAUUCUGUUUAGAUAUAUUAAUUAAUUAAUUUUGAGUAAAUCUCGAUUAAUUUAACUCUUUCCCAUCGUAAUAGUUGUAGGUAUAGAUAUCCUUUAGUUUCGACUUAUUUUCAUUCAAACAACGAGUGACGUACGUUCAAUUAAUUAUAACUUGGAAACCUUAAUCUAUAGGAUUGUUUGGCUUAUUACUAAGAACUUUAAUCUGAGACUCAUCUUUUAUUUAUAUUAUACUUGGAAUACUCAAUUUCAACAGGAAAGAGUUAAUCUUGAAUAAAAUAAAAAAUAUAGAUAUUACAAAAAAAAAAGGAUAGAUAUUUUACAAUACUUAAAUUAUAGAAAUAUAAAAAAAUAUUUAUACCUGAGCAUUCUGUAGUGGUUGUGUAUCUUGCAAGAAACGAAGACUUAUUAAUAAAAGAGGAAGUCUUUUGUCUUCGCUUAUAGCUGUAAUCUCUUUUAAAAUAGUUACUAAAUUAUCAGGUCUCUUCUUAUUAGCUACAACGAGUGACUUAAUGACUUCUCUCAUUUCAGGACUGUUUAAAAUAUAUGUCAAAUUUUUAUCAA